CUACUUGGCUGACAUCAUCCGGUGAUGAAAUGAAUGUGGCAUACAUUUUAAUAAAAUAAAUUAAAAGAAUUUCAACUUGCUGGAAAAAAGUAAGUGGCAAGAAUUUCACGAUCGACAUUGAUCGACCGAAACCGUUGUCGCAAGGAACACAUUCCACAGCAAAAAAAAAACACCAAAACUCUGUAUAUCAAAUAACCUGUCAGCAUUCCAGCUUACAACGCCCUCGCUUCCUUCUGUGGUCUGUGAAAUGCAUCAACGUGCCGGUCGGUAGAGUUGUAACAUGAGAAACACUUUCCUUAUGACAGCCAAGCCAAUUCCUUUAGCUCCGUGUGCUUUAAGAGUAGACACAUCAACCACACGCUAACACUGCCAGUGUGUAACGUCGUAUACAGCACGGUUAGUUCGGGUCGGUUUAUGUUUGUUUUUUUUUUUCUCCUCCACCCGGCCGUGCCUUAUGUUCCGCCGAGCACUACGUUAGCCGGUCGGUGGUAUCGGUUUUGUGCCAGUUUUCCAGCGGCACAGUACACUUUUCUGUUGGGGAGCGCAACAAGCGCGAUGCUUAAUUGUGUCGUUGCAAUCGUUUGCUGCUAUUAUUAGCAGUCAACGGACGAGAUGUCAUCGUAAGAGGCAUCGGUUUGAGCAAGUCGAUUGUUCGCUAUAGCUGUGGAUGGUCCACAACCUGUUGCAGAGUCCGUGUAGAAUAUUACUACUUCGUUUUAAACAUUCGUGUGUAAGAACGUGUCGCCGGUGCACAUAUGAGAGUGGAGGCCGAAAAGCUAAAGCACAAGGCAAAAACAUUCCUUCGCACGUUAGGCGCAUGCGGAGCGGACGCAUCACCGAGUCACUCCCGAAGGAUGGACGCACAGACGAAACAGAACCUGCAGGAGCGGCGUAAAGCCCGCUCCCUGGUAAAAACCGUCAUCAAUGUCGUGCACAAGUUUCUUAUCCUGCUCGUACGGUGGCUUUCGCGUACGAUCUACGGAGAGCACGGAAAACGCAUGCCUCCAAUAACCAACCUCAUACUGAUGGAAUCGGCCACCUCGCUCGCAACGAAGAUUCGCACACGCAAGCUAACGAGCGUCGAAGUAACGCAAGCCUUCAUUGACCGGUGCAGGGAAGUGAACACGCUGCUAAACUGUGUGGUCGACGAGCGGUUCGCGGAAGCGCUCAAAGAUGCGGAACGGGCAGACAAGCUGAUCGCCUCCGGUACGAUGACCGUCGAGCAGCUUGAGCGUGAAAAACCAUUCCUCGGUGUGCCGAUAUCCACGAAGGACUGCAUACGGGUGCAGGGCCUGCUGCACACGUCCGGCAUAUGGAAUCGGCGGAACAUACGCGGCGACAAAGACGCACGCGCGAUGGAGCUGAUGCGACGGGCCGGUGCCAUACCCUUUGCCCUGACGAAUGUGUCCGAGUGUUGCAUGUGGUGGGAAAGUGUGAACACCAUUCAUGGCCGCUCGCGAAACCCUUACGAUGCUAAUCGUAUCGUCGGCGGAUCGAGCGGUGGCGAAGGAUGCAUCCAGGCCGCAGCUGGUUCUCCGUUUGGGUUGGGUUCGGACAUCGGUGGAUCGAUUCGCAUGCCAGCCUUCUUCAAUGGUAUCUUCGGACACAAGCCAUCGAAAUUUGUCGUCUCGAACGAGGGCCAGUACCCGGUAGCGUUGUCGGAGGAACAAAACUCAUUCCUUGGUAUUGGACCAAUGUGUCGCUAUGCUACCGACCUAAAGCCGAUGCUGCGAAUCAUUUCCGACGAGAAUGCGACCAAGCUCCGGCUGGAUGAUCCGGUCGAUCUGAAACAGGUGAAAUUCUUCUACCAAAUCAACGACGGUGGUGCACAUCUGGUUUCGCCCGUCGAUCUGGACAUACGCGAUGCAAUGGAGAAGGUAAUGGCACACUUCCGUGCCACGGUGAAGGCGGAAGUGAAGAAGGUGUACCUGGACAAGCUGCGCAAAUCCGCUCCGAUGUGGCUUGCCAACAUGAAAACCCCAUCCAAGGUUGGAUUUGACUCGCAGCUGGCUAAUUUGGAAGGUACUAUCAAUCCCUGGCUAGAGCUCGUCAAGUGGCCGUUACGCACGUCCAAUCACACGCUGAUUGGCAUACUGACCGCGCUCUCCGAACGGAGCGGUGUAAAGUAUGGUUCGGAAGAGUACCACCAUUACGUGCAGCAGAAGCAGGAGCUCGUGAACGAGUUCCGCGAUAUGCUGGGUGAAACCGGUGUAUUUAUCUAUCCAACGCACCCUACGGUGGCACCGUACCAUAAUGAACCGUUGAUCCGGGCGCUCAACUUUAGCUACACCGCCAUCAUCAACGUGCUGGGACUGCCCGCAACGGCCGUACCGUUGGGUUUGGGGCGCGAGGGACUACCGAUCGGUUUGCAGGUGGUGGCCGGCGUCAAUCAGGACCGCCUGUGCCUUGCAGUGGCCUGCGAACUGGAACGUGCCUUUGGUGGAUGGGUUGCACCGGAGGUGAAAGCCUAGAAACUUUGACUGUGCAAUCAGCAGACUGUUUUUUUAAUGCAAUAAACACGGCACGGGAGCGAAACAAACCGGCACACACACCGGCAUGCCGAUACUGUAUACUGUUUUGGUAAGGGCGCGAACAAACACGUUGGUUGUUCCAAUUAAAACGAACAAGGAUAUAGAUGUAUUUUCGUCGUGUUAACGUUUUUGAUUGAAUUCUACUGAAAGCUGUUUUAUGUAUGGGAUGAAAAUAAAUUCUACAAAAGGAAAACAAAA